AUGCCUUCGCUGGAACCUAUCGAGCCUAGAAAGCAGCUUAUCGAUUCAGGGUCUGAGGACGAAGCGGACCCUGAAUUGGUGGAGCUGCUUCGCCAACAUUACGGCCUGAGCGGGAAACCAAACAAGUCUGCUCCGCCAGAGACAAAAGUGCUGCGUGAUGCUCAGUAUGUAUUCGACAAUGCCAUUGAUGUGGCCCUGAGCUUGACCCACACCAAAGAUGCAGCCGAGACAAUAUGGCGCAUGAUGCAAAAGAAGGCAUACUCCACCCAAACUUGGUCAGAGCAUGAGCUUCACCCAAAGGCCAAGGAUGAGAGCACUGUGGAUUUCAUCUUUACGAUGGAUCUUCUGAACUUCAGCUUCUGGUCUGAGCUUGAUGACGAGAAGCGCUUCCAGAUCGAGUACCGAGGAAAGAAGUGGACUGGUUAUUGGAGCCUAGUGGCUGCUCUUCAGAGAGCCCUCGAUGAGGGUAUUCCUAUCACUACCCCUGACUUUUGGGUGAAUGAGUCAGAAUGUACGGAGGACGUACUUAAACAUGUCUUCCGCUCUGCCACCGACGAAGAGAUUCCUUUAUUCAAAGAAAGAGUCAAUUGCCUGCGCCAGGCUGGCCAAGUGCUGUGCGACGAGUUUGGAGGCAGCUUCGCAAACUGCGUCGAUAGCGCCAACUUCUCCGCCGCAGGCCUUGUCAACAUGAUCACCGAAUCAUUCGACUGUUUUAAUGACGAGUCAGUCUUCCACGGCAAACGAGUACGACUACACAAGCGAGCCCAGAUCCUGGUCGCGGAUCUGUGGGCCUGCUUCAAUGGCGAGGACUUCGGAGAGUUUCACGACAUCGACAAGAUCACCAUGUUUGCAGACUACCGUAUCCCGCAGAUGCUGCACCAGCUUGGGUGUCUCCGCUACUCGCCCCCAUUGGAGAGCCACAUUCGCGCCCUCAAGCCAAUGACCCCCGGCUCAGUCUGGGAAGUUGAGCUUCGUGGGGCCAGUAUCUGGUGUGUUGAGCUGAUCAAGCGCGAGAUUGAGAAGCGCCACCCGGAAGUCAAGACCGCUGGCAAGUCUGACAAGACUGGUGAACCUGACAACGAGGACUCUGAAGAGCCAACUGUAAUUGAUGAGAAGCCGCACAAAACUUACGGGAUCAAUGCAAUCCUCAUUGACUUCUUCCUCUACGACACAAUGAAGAAUUUGGAGGCGGAGCACAACGAGGGCAUUCCUCACCACCGGACACGGAGCAUUUGGUACUAG